GUCGCUCGAAAAAUUAAGCCUCUCCCUUCAUGAUACUGUUUAGAGUAAGUAAAAAUUGAUUGAUUGAGAGUUGGUCCUGGGUAUGUUUUAGUUCCUCCGUUAUCCAGCAGCGCCGCUCGUUAGACGGCCGCACGCAGUUGAUUGCUCACCUUCAGCUUCACAGAGUUUCCGUCAUCUCUCUCAGUUUCAUCCUUGGACAACUCUGAGACCACUGUGAACGUACUACUCGUCGUAAAAGAACAAUUACUGCGAGCUCUAAAACAAAGUACCAAAAUUCUUACAAGAAAAAGACCCAGAUGCAGGGCUGGACGAGAUGCAGCGGUUGCUAAAUCAAGCAACGCGCAGAAACAAGCUGCUUUUACGUCGACGCGAGAAAAAAUGGACGCAACUGCGGAAAUUCCUCUAUGCUAGCGGUCUUAAAGGAUUGGCUCUGCGAAUGUCCAAGGCGCCACCGGAAUUGGAGGGCGAACGGGUUGCGAGAUUUGAACGGGAGAAAGUGGAAUUAGG